UUACUCUGUUACUCCAGAUCGAAGCUCGUCUCGAGAACCCUUCAGCCGACGACCUCCACUCACUCAUCUGCAGGCUCCCCGAUCCGGUUCGUCGUAGAAAGGAUGAGGUCGGCCAUGGAUCUUGACCUGGCCAGCUGCAGCGAGGCGCUGUUCAAGUUCGCGGUGUUCGUCCUGGUGCAGGCGCUGGUGUACCUCAUCCUGUCCCAGUCCUCCGACGUCUUCUCCGGCGCCAGGAGCCUCAGCAGCUUCCGUCGCCCGGCGAGGUCCGUCAGCCUCCGCCGCAUGGUCACGCAGCUGCUCACGGAGAUGCCGGCGGGCGGCGAGCUGUCGUCUCCGGCUGCCAGGCUGCGGGACGGGGGAUCCGAUGGUGCAGGCGUGGACGUUGACCUGGAGAUGGAGCUUAUGUUAAUUGGUUGCUCUUUUUCAUCGUGAACUUUUUUACUUGGUGUGUGAUUCUUAGGAUGUAACGUAAUUUCUAGAGGCCUAGAUGGCCAGUAAAUUAGUAGCGCCACUUCUCAUGGCAUCCUCCCGCGAGACAAGUUAUUAUCUGCCGUUAGAAAC